GAGGGAGGACUGGUAAUCUCUGCUGUCAGUCAGAUCAGAGCACAGACAGCAUCACACUCUCCGUCUGUAAAGCUCGUCUUUAUACUGACUUCAGAAAGUCAUCGCGUGGAAGAUGAAAUAACCGCUUCUGAAGAUGAUGCGCGGACACAGACCGACUCCCGUCUCCAACUCAACUUUGUCCUUCUGUGGCUCUGAUAACUCUUCAGCAUAUAAGGUUGAUAAUGGCCUGCUGAAUAACGGCUGCUUUCUGGACGCUCUCGGUGUCGUCCCUCAUGUCUUCUUGCUGUUUAGCACCUUCCCCAUCCUCUUCAUCGGUUGGGGCAGUCAGAGCUCUAAGGUUCACAUUCAUCACAGCACAUGGCUUCAUUUCCCUGGUCAUAACUUCCGCUGGCUGCUCACCGUUGUCCUGCUGUUUGUGCUGGUGUGUGAGAUCGCUGAGGGAAUCGUGUCGGACGGGUUUAAUCAGUCCCGUCAUCUCCAUCUCUACAUGCCGGCAGGACUCGGGAUGCUGGCUGCCAUCACGUCCAUCGUCUACUACCAUAACAUAGAGACCUCCAACUUCCCCAAGCUGCUAAUAGCAUUGCUGAUCUAUUGGACUUUGGCAUUUAUCACCAAAACCAUCAAGUUUGUGAAGUAUGACGAUCACGGCAUCGGUCUGAUGCAGCUGCGUUUCUGCAUCACAGGACUGCUGGCGCUUCUGUACGGCCUGCUGCUGGGAGUCGAGGUCAAUGUGGUACUGCGGAGGCGCUACAUGUGGUUUCCGUGUCCCACAGAGGUCAAGCCUCCGGAUGACCUCCAGGACCUGGGCGUUCGUUUCCUUCAGCCGUUCGUUAAUCUGCUGUCUAAGAGCACAUACUGGUGGAUGAACACCUUCAUCACCUCUGCACACAAGCGGCCCAUCGACCUGAAAACCAUCGGCAAGCUGCCCAUUUCCAUGAGAGCUCUCACCAACUUCCAGCGGCUCCGCAAGGCCUUCGAUGCUCAAGCAGAGAAGGGUCCGGUCCCUCUGAAGGGUUCGCGGUGGAUCUGGCUCGCUCUGCGUCAGGCGUUCGGCCGGCCGCUGGUCCUCAGCAUCACCUUCCGCUUCAUAGCUGACCUGCUGGGCUUCGCCGGGCCACUCUGCAUCUCAGGGAUUGUUCAUCACAUCAGCAGUGACAAUCACAGCGCUCUGCCUCCGGUCAAGCUUCUGGGAGUGCACUUCAUCUCGUCAGAAGCGUUCCUAGCGAAUGCAUAUGUUCUGGCCGUGCUGCUGUUUCUGGCACUUCUGCUGCAGAGAACCUUCCUUCAGGCGUCUUAUUACGUGGCCAUCGAGACCGGCAUCAAACUCAGAGCAGCCAUUCAGACUAAGAUUUACCAUAAGAUCAUGCGUCUGUGCACAUCUAACAUGUCUAUGGGUGACAUGACCACGGCUCAGAUCUGCAGUCUCGUGGCCCGAGACACAAACCACCUCAUGUGGUUCUUCUUUCUCUGUCCCAACCUGUGUGCCAUGCCAGUUCAGAUUGUGAUGGGGGUUCUGCUGCUCUAUUCUCUGCUGGGGGUCAGCGCUCUGAUCGGUGCCACCGUCAUCGUGAUUCUGGCUCCUCUGCAGUAUUUCGUGGCCACUCGACUCUCACGAGCGCAGAAGAGCACGCUGGAGUACACCAGCGAGAGACUGAAGAAAACCAACGAGCUGCUGCGGGGAAUCAAGCUGCUGAAGCUGUAUGCGUGGGAGCACAUCUUCAGGUCCAGCGUGGAGGAGACGCGCAGACAGGAGCUGAGGAACCUGCGCACGUUUGCGCUCUACACGUCCCUCUCCAUCUUCAUGAAUGCUGCCAUCCCAAUCGCUGCUGUUCUCACAAUCUUUGCAGUUCACGUGCACGUGCACAGCGCUACAGACUUCGAUCUGUCUCCCGCUGUGGCGUUCGGCUCGCUGUCGCUCUUCCACAUCCUGGUCACGCCUCUCUUCCUGCUCUCCAGCGUCCUGCACUCCACCGUCAAAGCUCUCGUCAGUGUGCAGAAGCUGAGUGAAUUUCUUGGCAGUACUGAGAUCGAGAUCGAUCAGGAUCCUGCCGGUCAAACUGCAGCAACAGAACACAACAACAGCAACAUUAAGUCUGUGUAUGCAUUACAGCUCCAGGCCAAACUGGUGAAUCGUAAGAAUAAAGCCAAGCAGGACGUGAACAGGAACUUUGAGCAGCAGGACCAGGAGCUGACGGCAUCGGCCAAUCAGAACGAGGACGUGUGCAUGAAGAUUGUGAACGGCUACUUCACAUGGACAGAGGGAUGCCCGACUCUCAUCAACAUCGACAUUAAGGUUCCUUUCGGUCAGCUGACGAUGAUCGUAGGGCAGGUGGGAUGUGGGAAGUCCUCUCUUCUGCUGGCAGCACUGGGAGAGAUGCAGAAGAUUUCAGGAAACAUCACAUGGAACAGUUUACCCAAGAGUGAUUCUGAAGAAAAUCUGAGAGCCCAGUAUAUGAGUGGAAGACAGUCGCUCAAGACGAGAGGUUCGGUGGCGUACGCUUCCCAGAGGCCCUGGCUCUUAAACGCUACGGUGGAGGAGAACAUCUUGUUUGACAUGGCCCCCAACGAGAAGAGAUAUAAGGAGGUGAUUGAGGUCUGUCAGCUGCAGCCUGAUAUCCACACGCUGCCGCAGGGAGACCAGACGGUGAUCGGAGAGAGGGUAUGUCACGGCAUCAUUCUGUCCGGCGGCCAGCGGCAGCGGAUCAGCGUGGCUCGAGCUCUUUAUCAGCAGACUAAUGUGGUUUUCCUGGACGACCCGUUUUCAUCUCUGGACAUACACCUCAGUGAUCACCUCAUGCAUGAAGGGAUCCUCAAGUUCCUCCGGCAGGAGAAGAGGACUGUCGUGUUGGUCACUCACAAACUUCAGUAUUUACCUCAUGCAGACUGGAUUAUAGCCAUGCGGGAUGGGACGGUGCAGACACAAGGGACCUUAAAGGACAUCCAGUGUGCCGAACCUGAACUGUUUGAGCAGUGGAGAACCCUGAUGAACAGACAGGACAAAGAGAACACCACAGAACUGAAGAGGAAGAGUUUCAGGCGGCCCAUGUACUCUACAGAUACUCUGGCCACCGAGGACGAGGAUGAAGCUGCAGAUAUCACUGUUAGUGAAGUCAAAGACAGUACCACCAGCACCGAUGAGGACAGCCUCAGGGCGGAGCUGCGUCACAGGACCACUAUCCCAUGGAGCUCGUUCGCCACGUACCUGCGCGCCGCAGGUCUGCUGCUGCUGCCACUGCUCGUCCUCUCGCAGCUCACCAAACACACGCUGAUGGUCGCCAUCGACUUCUGGCUCGCACACUGGACGUCCCGCGUCAUCGCAGCGCAGAUCGAGAGCGCCGAGAGGAACUGCACCAGCACAAAGGACUGUGAGUUCAGUCACUCGUCGUACCUGCAGGUUUUCUGCGGUCUGUGUGCUCUGGGAAUCGUCCUGUGUCUCAUCACGUCUCUGGCGGUGGAGUGGACGGGUUUGCGUGUUUCCCGAGAGCUUCACUGCAGCCUCCUGCGUACCAUCGUCCUUGCACCCAUGAGGUUAUUUGAGACAACUCCCCUGGGGAACAUCUUAAACCGAUUCUCAGCAGACACCAACACAAUCGAUCAGCACAUCCCUGUGACUCUGGAGUGUCUGAGCCGCUCGACUCUGCUGUGUGUGUCCGCGGUGGGCGUCAUCUCUUACGUCACGCCGCUCUUCCUCAUCGCUCUGCUGCCACUGGCCGUCGCCUGCUACUUCAUUCAGAAGUACUUCAGGGUGGCGUCCAGAGAUCUGCAGCAGCUGGAGGACAGCACUGAGAUGCCGCUCCUUUCCCAUUACUCACAGACCAUAGAGGGCCUCACCACCAUCAGAGCGUUCAGACAUGAGCAAAGGUUUAAGAAAAAACUGCUGGAACACACAGAUGCGAAUAACAUCUCCUCCCUUUUCCUGAUGGCAGCCAAUCGCUGGCUGGAGGUUCGCAUGGAGUAUAUCGGGGCGUUUGUGGUGCUGAUCGCGGCAGUGGCAUCUAUAAGCAAUGCUUUAUGCAGUCAGCUCUCAGCAGGACUGGUGGGUCUGGGACUCACUUACGCUCUCAUGGUGUCCAACUAUCUGAACUGGAUUGUGCGUAAUCUGGCAGACAUGGAGGUGCAGCUGGGCUGCGUGAAGAGAGUCAGCGGUCUGAUCCACACACAGCCGGAGAGCUACGACGGACUCAUGACUCCUGCUCAGGUUCCUGCCGGAUGGCCAAAGUAUGGAGAGAUCCAGAUCAAGAACCUGAGCGUUCGCUACGACUGCAGCCUGAAGCCCGUCCUGAGACACGUCAGCGCUCACAUCCGACCGGGACAGAAGGUGGGAAUCUGUGGACGGACAGGGAGUGGGAAAUCCUCCUUUUCUCUGGCUCUCUUCAGAAUGCUGGACACGAUCGAGGGGCAAAUAGCAAUUGAUGGGAUUGAUAUCGCCAAGCUUCCUCUGCAGACUCUACGAUCAAAGUUUUCCAUCAUCCUGCAGGAUCCCAUUUUAUUCAGUGGAACGAUUCGGUUUAAUCUGGAUCCGGAGAGAAAGGCCACUGAUCAGAUGCUUUGGGAGGCUCUUGAGAUUGCCCAGCUCAUGCCAGUUGUUAAAGCUCUACCUGGAGGACUAGAUGCAAUGGUGACAGAAGGAGGAGAGAACUUCAGUCAGGGCCAGCGGCAGCUCUUCUGUCUCGCUCGAGCCUUCAUGAGGAAGAGCAGCAUCCUCAUCAUGGAUGAAGCUACAGCGUCCAUCGACAUGGCCACAGAGAGUAUUCUGCAGAAAGUAGUCAUGACGGCGUUUGCAGACCGAACAGUGGUUACGAUAGCACAUCGUGUUCACACCAUCCUGGGCUCGGACGUGGUGAUCGUGAUGAAACACGGCGCUAUCUUAGAGUACGAUGAACCAGACGUCUUGCUGGAGCAGAAGGACAGCGUUUUCUCUGCAUUUGUGCGAGCCGACAAAUAAAGAUGGAUGGAGGCAUAAUCAUGCAAUACUCAGAUGUGUAUGGCUGCAUAUGCUUUGUGUAAUAUUUGUACAAUUCAUAUCCUGUAAACUAAUAAAAUGGUGA